CCAUGAACGACUCGCGAUUUCGAUGACGUGAAGAAGUAUUUGAUUGACAGAUGAAUAGGGCGUGGUCACCGCUGGAAAUAUUAACCAAUCAGAGCAUCUGAUUCGGUCGCAGGAAGGGCCAAUCCCAGCCGGUUGCUAAGGGAGUGAUUCAGCAGCAUGGACGGCACAGUGUCCAAUGUGGAGAUCUGCAAUUUGGCUUAUUCAGGGGACCUGGAGAACAUCAAGGCCCUUAUUUUAUCAAACAAGAGUCUAGCUACAAAAACUGAUCAAGAUAGCAGGACAGCUUUGCAUUGGGCAUGCUCAGCCGGACACAAGGACGUCGUAGACUUUCUGCUAAGCCUGGGAAUACCAGUAGAUCCUAAAGAUGAUGUCAGAUGGACACCCCUGCACAUUGCCGCAUCAGCAGGCCGUGAAGAAAUUGUGAAGGUCCUGAUUAGUAAAGGAGCUCAAGUCAAUGCUGUCAAUCAGAAUGGCUGCUCACCACUGCACUAUGCUGCCUCUCGAAACAGAUAUGAGAUCGCAAGCAUGUUAUUAGAGAAUGGAGCGGACCCUAAUAUCUCAGAUAGCAUCCACUCUACUCCUUUGCACAGAGCUGCAGCUAAAGGAAAUUUCCGUCUUGUACAGCUCCUGUUGAAGCAUACAGCAUCUACCAACCUCCAAGACUCUGAAGGAAAUACACCCUUACACUUGGCCUGUGAUGAGGAGCGGAUUGAGGAAGCCAAGCUGCUGGUGGAGAAUGGAGCAAGUAUUUAUAUUGAAAACAAGGAAGAAAAGACACCCCUGCAAAUGGCUAAAGGUGGACUUGGCCUACAGUUACGCAGGAUGGUAGAAGGUUGAAAACAAAUUAACUUCAGAGGAUUGGUCUGAAUUUGCAUCUCCCUCAAAACAUUGACUAAGAAUGUGGUGGGAACUAUCAAUUCUGUAUUGCAUACUUUCUUUGCCAUAAAAUCUACAUGUUAUGUGGUAUAUUACCUGCAACAAUGUUUCAGAAUCAGGUGCAAAGAUAUAAAAUUAACAAGAAUUAAUAAAUAAUGAGGUAGUGUUCCUGGGUUCGUGGAUUCUUCAGAAAUGUGAUAAUAUAGGAGAGGAAGUUGUUACUGAACUAUUGAAUGCGUCUUCAGAUGAGUCUCACUGCCUGAAGUGAUAGCAACACAGAUGGCUGAAUAAAUUCCUUUAUUUUUUGUUUACAGUGUCAGAAAUGUCCACUGAGCAAAACUUAUACUGGAUGUGUUUGAUUUGUAUUUUUCCCCUAUUUCCCAUCUGGAUGUGCUCCCUGCUUUGAAAUUCCAGUCUUCUGGUAAGCUGCACUUCAAGUUUAUUUAGAUAAACACAACAAUGACAUAAUGCUUCUCAUGCUAAAAAAGUUUGCUGUUUUUCAAAAGACAAAACUGGGUGUAAUUGCUGGCAAAAAUACUAAAAGAUCUAAAACUUAUUGUGAAUUGAUUAGUGACAGCACCAUUCUCAAUAUUGUACUUGGGCUCCACACCUCACUUUUGACCGUGUGUGUGGCUCUUCUCUGCUUAAGCUAACAAGUGAUAUACAUAACAUUACUUGGUCUUUGGGAAGCAGAGGAGCAGGAGAAAGGAAUUGCCAGUGUGAAAGGCUAGUUUUAAAAACAUCUUUUAUUUUAAUUUUCAACUGCCAUUAAACACACUUCAAUAAAUUCAUUGUUAAUCAUA